CAAGGAGCAGGAAGCAAAGACAAAACAGGCACUCUGUGGGCCUAACGGGGACGCAAUCUACAGACUUCAAAAAUGAUCAUCAAAAAUCACAUCCUAAUAACUGUUUUUGUUUUUUCCUUUAUUUCUGGGAUCGAUAACAAAGAUGCUUUCCAGGGCUUUACAUCAAAGCUUUCCAAGUAUUCCAUUGUAAAUCCUCAAGUGAUUCAUAGAGGGUCUAGGAGCAUCAACAGACAACAUCAUUUAAAAGAUAAAUAUGGAGAUGAGACAGUGUCAUAUGCAGUCAACAUAAACAACCAAAAGCAUGUCAUUCAUCUAAAAAAGAACAGAGACUUCUUACACCCAAAUUUUGUUCAAUAUUCACGUGACGCUGCCGGGAACUACAACACAUCGUAUCCGAAAGAACAUGUACAUUGUUAUUACCACGGGGAGGUGGAAGGCUAUAAGGAUUCAAUGGUAGCGCUGAGCACGUGCUCUGGUCUCAGGGGUGUGAUCUUCUUUGAAAAUAAGGCCUUUGGCCUGGAGCCUGUGCCACAGUCCACCACCAAUGACCACCUUCUCUACCUUUUGGAGGACGUUCAGACCGAGCCCAUCACCUGUGGAGUCGUUACUGAGGCUACUUCAGUGCCGAGCCACGAACCCUUUGAGCCUGGCCAAUCCCUGACUUCUCUGCUGCGGAGAAAACGCAAUUUACCACAGACCAGUUAUGUGGAGUUGGUGCUGGUUGUGGAUAAUCUCAGGUAUACUUUUAAGAAAAACAAUGCGACAGCAGUGAGAGAGGAGAUGGUGCAAAUGGCUAAUCUACUGGACGGGUACUACAAGCAGCUGAACAUCCGAGUUGUCCUGGUGGGCCUGGAGAUUUUUAAGGAUAGUAAUCCUUUUAGUGUGGACGGCAGUGCAGGAAAUGUGUUGGGAAAUUUUGUUCAGUGGAGGAAGACUUUUCUGGUACCCAAAAUCAGGCAUGACAUUGGACAACUCAUUGUUGGUCAGUCUGGGGCAUAUCCAGGAGGUGUAUUAGGUAUGGCCUUUGUGGGCACAGUCUGCUCUGCCUCAAGUUCUGGAGGAAUCAAUGUGUUUAGCAACAACAAUUUGGCUUUUGUCUCCACUGUGGUGGCUCAUGAGAUGGGUCAUAACCUGGGCAUGAAUCAUGACUCUGCGAACUGCGCCUGUAAUGGAAAAAGCUGCAUCAUGUCAGGAGGUGCCAGUGGUGCCACAAAUUUUAGCCAGUGCAGUGAAGCAGAUUUUGAAGCACUGAUUUUAAGAGGAGGAGGCCUGUGUCUGAGAAAUCAGCCCGCUGCAUCAAAUGUGAUUAGCAAUCCUGAGUGUGGCAAUGGCCUACUGGAACAAGGGGAGCAGUGUGAUUGUGGCAAACCACAGGAAUGUACGAAUAAGUGCUGCAAUGCUGCCACAUGUACAUUUACCCAAGGAUCUGCAUGUGCUCACGGAGCAUGUUGUGAAAACUGUCAGCUGAAAGUUGCAGGAACGCCAUGCAGAAAUUCUGUCAAUACCUGUGAUCUUCCUGAAUAUUGUAAUGGAAGAAAUGAAUCCUGUCCGAAUGACUUUUAUCUCAUGGAUGGUCUGCCCUGUGAAAACAAUGCUGCGUAUUGCUAUGAAGGGCGCUGCCAGACAUAUGAUUAUCAGUGCGGACAUCUGUUUGCACCAGAUAAUGCAAUAAAAGCAGCAGAUAUUUGUUUCCAAGAUGCAAAUAUUCAGGGAGAUCGGUUUGGUAACUGUGGAUCCAACAGCAAUGGAAACUACAUCAAAUGUACUUUAGCAAAUACCAUGUGUGGAAAGGUGCAGUGCACCAACGUGAAUGUGAAUAACCCUCCUCCUGGUGCCACAGUCAGUAUCAAAAUAGUUGCUGGGAAGACUUGUGUUAAUGCAGACUUCAACCUUGGCACAGAUGUGCUGGACCCAGCCUAUGUUAACCCUGGCAGCCCCUGUGCUACAGGAAAGACCUGUGUGAACUUUCAGUGUGUGAAUGCCUCUGCUCUCCUGCCCAACUUGAUCUGUGAUGCAAAAACCACCUGUAAUGGCCGAGGGGUUUGUAACAACCUAGGUCACUGCCACUGUGAAAAUGGCUGGGGCCCACCCUACUGUGACAGGUCAGGGUGGGGUGGCAGCAUAGACAGCGGCCCUGCUCAAAUAGACUACUCCCUCAGAAACGGCCUGCUGAUUUUCUUCCUCUUGGUGGUUCCUCUUCUGGUUCUUCUCAUUUUGGUGCUCCUUUACAUCUUUAGGAGAGAGUCCUUAGAGCCUUGCCUCAAAAGGUUACGUAAGACUCAGACCAAAAACACAAAUGCAGGCUCAAACAGCAAUGCUCAAACGGGUGCCAGAACCAUACCUCCACCUGAGCGUCCCACCAACCGGCCUGCAUUUCCAGCAGCUGCCUCAACUCCAGUUUCUGGUUUCAAGUACGGAGAAACGAACUACUGGGAUGAUGAAAACAGUCAUGACCCCCCUGAACAACCACCUCCUGUACAAGGCCCUGGAGUACCCAGACCAAUCCAACCGAAACAGCUACCAAGCUAAUUGCUUUCAUACAGUAUCAUUUAAAUUAUUUUCUGAAGUUAUGAAUUUGCUACAGAUCAAAACUGUAUGAAGAGACUAUUUUAAAAUACUAAUUAAAGGCACGCUGUUUGUAA